AAACGAUCUUUUCGUUGACAGCCAGUAAAGGUUUCUUUUUCAACCCAACGGUUAUCUGAUUUUUCUCGUCGCCAGAAAGAAUCGAGACACCCUACAAGGCUCUUUCCAGCGAACGCUUAUCUUUUCUCUCAGAUUUAUCAAUUGAAUCGACAGUUGGGCCUGCAAUUGAAAUCGACUGUCUUCCAUCACAGGAGGAGACAAUAUGGCGCAGUCACCGUCGGGCGAUAUUCUCUGGACAGCAAUUCAGGAAACCCCAGCCAAUGUAGGAAUGUUGCGUCAAUUGUGCCAUGGCAGAGAUCAGUUGAAGGAACAAGGCUACAUCGUCGACCCUCUUUCCGAGGAGCAAAUCGAGGCCAAAACGAGAUGUGUCACUUGCAGAGCAAGAAUGACCCGAUAUCGCCAUCAUCAUGCAAAACAACCUCCCUCCACUCCUAAGCCUCUGUCAGCCAACACACCUUCAAAUAGUGGUGGCAUGGACCAAAACGGUCAAGGGCCCACUACAAACGAGAUUCAACCUUCGACCAAGCCAGGAGAAUCGUCAACCAAGCCCACCACCCCGAAGCCUAGAUGUGUAUAUCAUCCAGGCCAAGUCAGAAACAAGAUCUUUACCUGUUGUGGUAAGCAUGUAUCCAAACCAGGCUGUGUAACACGGCAAGAACAUACGCCACCACUCACCGACGACCUGUCCAAUCGACAAUACUGGCAACAUUAUCCAACUCCCAGCCUUGAGCUCCAGACAUUGCAGACAACGAUGGACCCUCGAUCCAGUAACAAACGACGUGGUGGCCAGCAUCGGCAGCAGCACGGGCUUUUCCACCCCUUGAACCCCGUCACCGCCAUCGCUCUCGACUGCGAGAUGGGUGUCUCUGUCGCCGGAGAAUCCGAGCUCAUCCGACUCACGGCCGUGGACUUCUUCACCGGAAACAUCUUGGUCGACAAUCUUGUCCAGCCCCAAGUGCCCAUGCUGCACUACAGCACGCGAUAUUCCGGCAUCACUCGAGGGGACAUUCAGAAUGCCAUCCGCCGAGGCACCUGCGUCCUUGGCAAACACCGAGCCCGCGAGAUGUUGUGGAGGUAUGUCGGACCUGACACGAUCGUCGUCGUUCAUGGUGGUCGCGGAGACUUUUCCGACCUCAGAUGGUUGCACCACCGUGUCGUGGAUUCGUUCAUUCUGGAGUCGACCAUGAACAACGACGCCGACGCCGACAAGACCAAGGGCGGCAAGUCGUUGAAGAACCUGUGCAAGGUCAAAUUGGGCAUCGACGUGCAGCGCAAAAGCCGCAAGGGUCACGACAGUCUCGAAGAUGCAAUGGCAUGCCGCGAAUUGGUCAUUGACUGGAUGAACAAGAAGAUGGUGGCCGAAUCUAGCAUCAGCAAUUGA